ACCAGAUGAAAUUAAGAAAAUUUAACGUAAUUUAAAAGACAAUUGAAAGAGUGCAUUUUUGCAAUCAACAUAAUCACAUUUUUGUUUGGGUUGUGAAUUAAUUGAGAAUUUAGUUAUCUAUUUUUGUUCAUUUAGUUAUAAGUGAGAAAACUCUUAAUAAAAUUGCGUUCGUGACGUUGUCCAAACGCAAAUGAUUCAAUGAUCUAAGAUGCAAAAUACAUUGCAACAAUCUGUGUCUACUCCUAAUGUUGGCGGACAUUCUGGUUCUAGGAGAAGAAAUCAAAGAAACAAUACUUACAUAAACUUGAGAACUGAUUGCAUAGCUUUAGAAGAGGCAGCAAAGCUAGUUUGGUGCAAGGAAAUGGCUGCCAUGCCAUCAAAGACCCCUGUCUCUAUAUUGCAAGAGUUGCUUAGCAGACGUGGAAGUACUCCCAAAUAUGAACUCGUUCAAAUUGAGGGGGCAAUCCAUGAACCGACUUUUCGAUACCGUGUAACUGUGGCAGAUACAGUAGCCAUGGGCACUGGUCGUUCUAAAAAAGAAGCAAAACAUGCUGCUGCAAAAGCCCUUUUAGACAAACUCACUGGUAUCCAAUCAACUGACACCAUCACUACAAAUGGAUCAGUGCCAAACACUGGUGCUGCAACUCCAGACAUAAACGGCCAAGGCUCUGCUAAUUAUGAAGACAAAGGCAUUGGAAAUCCUAUUGGGUGGUUGCAGGAAAUGUGCAUGUCGAGGAGAUGGCCACCACCACAUUAUGAAAUGGAUUUUGAAGAGGGGCUACCACACGAACGUCAAUUUACAAUUGCUUGUGUUGUAUUUAAGCAUCGUGAAGUUGGUCAAGGCAAGUCUAAGAAACUAGCAAAGCGUCAGGCUGCUCACAAAAUGUGGCAAACUCUGCAAGAUGCUAAAUUGGAUAGUGAACUUGGCGAUGAAGAGAUGGCUCAACACACUUCAAAUAUCAUCGAGCGAUAUGCUGAAUUGAAGGAUAGUCGCAUUUCAACUUUAACCACUCCUCAUAGCCACAAAGUUUCUUCAUUUCAUAAAAAUUUAAAACAAUCUACUGGUCCAAAGUUAUCUGAAUUGCAGAACACCAAAUUGAACAUACCAGAUUUUAAUUUUGUUCAAUUUCUUCAAGAAAUUGCUUCUGAACAACAAUUUGAAGUAACUUAUGUAGACAUUGAGGAAAGAAGCCACAAAGGUCGUUGUCAAUGUCUUGUUCAGUUGUCAACAUUGCCUGUAGCAGUUUGCCAUGGUUCUGGAAACACAUCUAAAGAUGCUCAAGCUUCUGCCGCUCAAAAUGCUCUAGAAUAUCUAAAAAUAAUGACAAAAAAGUGAGCAAAUUCUUAAAGGGUUGUAUAUUAAUAUAUAUGGAAGCAAAAAUAUAAAAAUUGAGCAGAAAACAGGUGUUAAUGCAUAAUAUUAUCAACCAUAUGCAAUUUUCCCUUUUAUGUAUAUUUGCAACAUAUCGUGCAAUCAUGCAUAGUCAUCACAAGAAAUCAAGGUAUUACAUUAAAUACCACUGUCUAAUGUAACAAAAUAAUUUUUGUUGUUAUUUUAUCUUGUUUGUCAUGCAUUAGGGCAAAAUA